AUGCCGGUGGUGCCCAAGGGACAACACCUGGAAGAUCCAGGUUGGUGGACGUUGGUGGACGUUGGUCUUCUCGGGCAUACAUUCCACUUCUGUGUUUGCUCUGUCGGUGGGUUUCACCAAGACUCUGGCAGCAUGCCAGUGUUGACCGCCAGCAAUAAGGACUGUCCCACGGAAGAGAUGAAGUGUAGUUGGCUGGAUGCGAUGGGUGAUGCGGAUGGCCGUCGGUGUCGGAAAACAGAAUGGGUGGGGAGGUUGUGUUGCACAGAGACACGGGAAGCGAACUCCCGCCAGCAAGCCUCGGCGAGAGACCACUCCGUCUUCAUCCGUCCACGCCGCAACAGCCGUCAACCAUCUCCCCGCGAUACGAUAUCUGUUUUGUUAUCAAAACAGAAAUUCACUCAUUUUUGA